UGUGGCUGUGACAUGAGAGAUUCACAGUCAUAACACUACAGAUCUGAGAAUAAUUUAGUUUGAAUGCGCUCCAAAGCCCCACGACAUGUUUGAGUCUGAUUUUAGGUGCAGCUUUCCCUUUUAGCUCUCUCCAGGGCAGGUCAGCAGGCUGGUGGGGCGGGGCUUAGCGCAAUGUGCAUGAGCUAGUAAAGAAUACAAAUGAAGUUUCUUUUGAAAACACGAUGAAAGAAAGCUUUUACGCACGGAGCUCUCAGUGCGGACGCGCGUUUUGGACACAUUUCUGCGCGGACGAGUCUGCGUUUCCUUAUUUUCCAGAGGCUGAGCUCAUCGGCUAGCUCAACAGUACAACCAUGGAGGAUGAAGAAGAUGUUAUUGAGCCUCUUGCUCAUGCUACAUCUGCCCAAAAGGUCAGCAGAAGACGCUUCUCACAUGACCUUCAUGUACUCAGUCCAGAUCAGAUUGAUGGCCUCAUGUCCAGUAGUGAUGGGCGUCCUUUCCUUGUGGUUCAUCAUCUACCAGAAAUCAAAGAAAAAGGCGUUCCCUACUUGAUUCCUGGGGUUCCUAUAACGUGUCAUGUGGACAAUACAGAGAAAUACACUACAAGAUCCAAGGUUCAUGUAGGGACUCUGUACACUGUGCGUCUAACCCAUGGGCCUUUCCACUGGACGGUGAAGCGGAAGUACAAGCAUUUUCAGGAGCUGCAUCGAGACUUGUACAAGCACAAAAUGAUGCUUCACUUUAUGCCUUUGGGAAAAUUUGCAAAGGAGAGACACAUGCUUAGAAACAUGUCAGAGGAAAUGCCUAGUCUGCAUGGGACUGAACGCACAAGGAGAACAUCGAGCAAAAUGAAAUAUUUGGAAGAAUACCUGAAUGGUUUGUUGGAAAAUAGAUUUUGUAGGAAUGACCACAGCAUGUUGGAAUUUCUCUCAGUGGGUGCCCUUUCCUUCAUCACUGAUCUUGGACCAAAGGGGCUAGAAGGGCCUAUCGUGAAGAGGUCAGGGGGUCAUCGUAUCCAAGGCCUGAACUGUAUCGGCCAUCAUCAGAUUUGUUUCCGCUGGUCGCGCCGCUGGCUCGUGGUAAAGGACUCUUUCCUGUUGUACAUGAACAGGGACAAUGGCAGUAUAAACUUUGUGCUGCUCUUUGACCCUGAGUUUAAAGUGAAAGUGGGCCGUGCCCACACAGACACUACAUAUGGAGUGUGCUUUGAGAACUUUGCUCGGAGCUUAAUUAUUAAGUGCAGCAGCUACAGACAGACUCACUGGUGGAGCCAUGAAAUCAACCGUCUGGCAGAGUCAUGUGACUAUGUCAAGCCACAACGCUUUGAAAGUUUCGCACCGCCGCGAGAAAACACAUUCACCAAAUGGUAUGUGAAUGGAAAAGGAUACUUCUCAGACUUGGCUGAUGCACUUGAACAAGCCAAGGAGGAAAUAUACAUUACAGACUGGUGGCUCAGUCCUGAAAUCUACCUUAAGAGGCCUGCAACUGAUAACUACUGGCGAUUGGAUGAGAUUCUCAGACGCAAAGCAGAACAAGGAGUCAAAAUUUGUGUCCUGCUUUACAAAGAGGUGGAGCUUGCACUUGGCAUCAACAGUGAGCACAGCAAGAGAGUCCUCAUGGACAUGCAUCCCAACAUCAAGGUGAUGCGUCAUCCAGACCAUGUCUCCUCUGUGGUGUUCCUCUGGGCUCAUCAUGAGAAAAUGGUGGCUAUUGACCAAGCAGUGGCUUUUGUUGGAGGCAUCGACCUGGCCUUUGGGCGGUGGGACGACAGUCACUACAGACUCACUGAUCUUGGGUUAGCAGAGAAUUCCGAGAAAACUGAUGUUGAUGGGCCUCCGUCUAAACCGGUUCAGGCAGCAGAAAUUAACUGUGAGGAUCUUACUGGUAACACUAAACUGUGGCUUGGCAAAGACUAUAGCAACUUUGUCAAAAAAGAUUGGGUCCAACUGGAUAAACCGUUUGAAGAUAAUAUUGAUCGCACACAAAUUCCUCGCAUGCCAUGGCGUGAUCUUGCAGCAAAUUUUCAUGGAAAAGCUGCCAGAGAUCUAGCACGUCAUUUCAUCCAACGCUGGAACUUCACAAAGAUUUUCAAGAGCAAAUACAAGGAUGACUUUUACCCAUACCUUCUUCCAAAGUCCCAGUGCACUGCUGGUGAUCUACCAUUUACCGUACCUGGGGCCAGCAAAGCCAGAGUGCAGGUCUUGAGGUCAGCAGAUCGAUGGUCUACAGGAACCUGUGAAAACUCAAUCCUGAAUGCUUAUCUUCAAACCAUCGAGAAGAGUGAGCACUACAUCUACAUUGAGAACCAGUUUUUUAUUAGCUGCUCAGAUGGAAAGACAGUAUACAAUGGGAUUGGAGAUGCAAUAGUGAACAGGAUCUUGCGUGCACACAAGGAGCAGAAAAAGUACAGAGUUUAUAUUGUGAUUCCUUUGCUUCCUGGCUUUGAGGGAGAUGUCACAUCAGGAGAGGCAAAUGCCAUCAAUGCCAUCCUGCACUUCACUUACAGGACACUUUGUCGUGGCAGUCAGUCAAUCCUUUCAAGGCUUGGAGAAAUAGACCAGUGGACUGAGUACAUCACAGUGUGUGGCCUGAGGACCCAUGCCCAGCUCUCCCAGUCUCUAGUGACGGAGUUUAUUUAUGUGCACAGCAAGGCCCUCAUCGCUGAUGACCGCUGCUAUAUAAUCGGCUCAGCUAAUAUCAAUGACCGCAGCAUGCUGGGAAGUAGAGAUAGUGAACUGGCUGUGUUUGUGGAAGAUGAAGAGAGAGUGCCAUCUGUGAUGGAUGGACAGGAGUACGAGGCCGGACCUGUCACACUGGCUCUGCGCAAAGAGUGCUUCAGUGUUCUUGUGGGAGCUGUGUCAGACCCAAGCAUCAACAUUGACGAUCCCAUCAGUGAUGACUUUUUCUUUUUGGUCUGGAAUCAAGCUGCUAGGCAAAAUGACAUUAUUUAUGACAGGGUGUUUAAAUGCUUGCCCUGUGACAAAGCACACACCAUGCGUGAGCUGAAAGAUUACGCGUGUGUGGGUCGUUUGUGUGACACUGACCCAGAGCAAGCCGCUGAGGAGCUCAAAGCCAUUCGAGGACUUCUGGUGCACUUCCCUCUGAAGUAUCUGAAAGCAGAGAACCUUCUGCCUCCACUGGGCACUAAAGAAGGCAUGGCUCCUGUGGGACUCUGGACAUAAUUGUACCAAAAUAUGGCUGGAGGGCUUGUCCAAUUUUAAAUCCAGUGAAGUCACUUCUGAUGAACUACUUAUUUACAGUGCUUUUUCACUAAUUAGGUUUAGGUUCACCCUCUAACUUGCAAACGUUUUUAUGGACUGUUAUAUUUUAUAUGAACUGUAUUUAACACUUACUAACCGGGUUCUUCAGUGUGACAAGAGUCGUUUCAUAACAUCUACAGAGCAAUGUCAUCGUGAGUACAGACAGCACAGAGGCCACACAUACAAGGACGUGUGAGUCAGAGGUGGACUGCAGGACUGUAUAGAAAGUUGUGCUUCUCAUGGCCAAGGAACAUGGUGUACAGUUAUUGGUGCAAGGUUUUUUGGUGGGUGGCUGUGUCUCUGUCUUCCUUUCUCUCUUUCUCUCGCUCCCUCCGAGGUUUCACCUCUCGCUGCAGUGCCAGCAAAUCUGUCAGAACAUUUGUGGUUGUUAUGGUGACGGAUAUAAAGAGAUGACUAGAUUGUAGCUGAAAUAAAAGCCUAGAGUGUGCCUAAA